AUGGGUUCCGUGGUUCUCCCCCAUUUGCGUACAGCUUGGCACGUUGAUCAGGCGAUUCUUUCCGAAGAGGAGAGAUUAGUGGUGAUUCGAUUUGGACGCGACCACGAUGUUGACUGCAUGCGCCAAGAUGAGGUUCUUUUCAAGAUUGCUGAACGAGUGAAGAACUUUGCCGUAAUCUACCUCUGUGAUAUCGACGAGGUACCUGAAUUCAACACCAUGUAUGAAUUAUUUGAUCCGAUGACGAUCAUGUUCUUCUUCCGGAACAAACACAUCAUGUGCGAUUUCGGUACCGGAAACAACAACAAGUUGAACUGGGUACUCGAAGACAAACAAGAAUUGAUCGAUAUUAUCGAAACGAUCUACAAGGGCGCCAGAAAAGGACGAGGUCUCGUCGUUAGUCCUAAAGAUUACUCUACAAGAUACCGCUACUGAUUUCCUUCCGACUGUACGGAGUAUGGCAAAGACUUCUGGCGAUAAGCGCUUUGAUAUCAAUUUAAUGAAUUUAUGAAUAUUACCAAGACGUGCUAAAGAUGACUUCUAUUACGAUGAAUAUUUCAAUAUCAGAAAGAAGCUCGAAAUACUUGUCCGAUCGGCUCAGCCAACCAAGUAUAGAUUUAGAAGGAUAAUAAACACAGUUCAGCAUAAACCGACCCUCUUUAAUCAGCGUCAUCAAAUACAACUUGG